CCGCAGCCGCCCGCCCGCCCCGGAGCUCGCGCCGGCAUGGGCGAGCACCCCAGCCCGGGCCCCGCGGUGGCCGCCUGCGCCGAGGCGGAGCGCAUCGAGGAGCUGGAACCCGAGGCCCAGCAGCGGCCGCCCGCGGCGCCGGAGGACCACUGGAAAGUCCUGUUUGAUCAGUAUGACCCUGGAAACACAGGCUACAUCAGCACAGGCAAGUUCCGCAGCCUCCUGGAGAGUCACAGCUCCAAGCUGGACCCGCACAAAAGGGAGGUGCUCCUGGCUCUCGCCGACAGCCAUGCAGAUGGGCAGAUCUGCUACCAGGAUUUUGUCAACCUGAUGAGCAACAAGCGAUCUAACAGCUUCCGCCAGGCCAUCCUGCAGGGGAACCGCAGGCUCUGCAGCAAAGCCCUGCUGGAGGAGAAAGGGCUGAACCUGUCCCAGCGGCUGAUCCGCCACGUGGCCUAUGAGACCCUGCCCCGGGAGAUUGACCGGAAGUGGUACUACGACAGUUACACCUGCUGCCCCCCACCCUGGUUCAUGAUCACAGUCACUGUGCUGGAGGUUGCCUUUUUCCUCUACAACGGAGUGUCGCUGGAUCAAUUUGUGCUACAGGUAACCCAUCCGCGAUACCUGAAGAACUCACUGGUUUAUCAUCCACAGCUCCGCGCACAGGCGUGGCGCUACCUGACAUACAUCUUCAUGCAUGCUGGGAUAGAACACUUGGGACUCAAUGUGGUGCUGCAGCUCCUCGUGGGGGUACCUUUGGAGAUGGUGCACGGAGCAACCCGUAUUGGGCUUGUCUACGUGGCUGGCGUUGUGGCAGGGUCCCUGGCGGUGUCUGUGGCUGACAUGACUGCACCGGUCGUGGGCUCCUCUGGAGGGGUGUAUGCGCUUGUCUCUGCUCAUCUGGCCAACAUCGUGAUGAACUGGUCAGGCAUGAAGUGUCAAUUCAAGCUGCUGCGAAUGGCUGUGGCCUUGAUCUGUAUGAGUAUGGAGUUUGGGCGGGCCGUGUGGCUCCGCUUCCACCCAUCCGCCUACCCCCCAUGCCCUCACCCGAGCUUUGUGGCGCACCUGGGCGGUGUGGCUGUGGGCAUCACCCUGGGCGUGGUAGUUUUGAGGAACUACGAGCAGAGGCUGCAGGACCAGUCGCUGUGGUGGAUUUUUGUGGCCAUGUACACAGUGUUUGUGCUGUUCGCUGUCUUCUGGAACAUCUUCGCCUACACCCUGCUGGACUUAAAGCUGCCACCACCUCCUUAAGGCACCCGGGGGACCGAGGUCAGGGAGCGAAGGGACAAGCAGCAGGAGAAAGGAGCGUGGACAUUCUCAGCACCAGCUCCAUGAGGCAGGGAGGACAGCACGCGAUGCUGGGCCCCUGUGAUAUGUGCAUUCAGGUUUGGACAAUGGAGCUUCUUUUCUGAAAGGCGCCUGCUGGAUGAGUUGGAUGUGAUUACCAUUGUUUUUCUAGACUGUUCUGAGCACAUCGGGCCAGGGCAAAGGCCUGGAGGGUGGUGAAAGCAGCCCUCCCCUUGGGCUGGGCUCAUUCCGUGUGUUCAGGCGAUGCCUCCUUUGUUACAGAUUGAGCAGCGGCCUCUUCCCUCACCCUCACCCUGAGAUGGCAAGCAGGCCCUUGUCCAGCCCAGAAGUACAGUUACAGGCCAGGAAAUGUUUGCUCUACAGCUGUUGGGUUUGGAGAUCUGGAGUAGAAGAGAGCGUGGCAGAGGACAUGGUGUAGGGGAGCCCAGGGUGCCCUCCUGGUGGUGGGCACUGGGGCAUGGCCUCUAGUGCCUAGGCGGGAAGAGGAGGCUGAUGCUAUAACUCCAGGCCUCCCUCUUGCCCUGGGGGUAUCCAGCGAGAGAAACCCCAGAGGAGGGAAUACACUUCAUCCUAAGCUCAGCCUAGGGAAUGCCCAGUACCAACUUUGGACUUCUCCCUUCCUGUCCCCCAGAAUCUCACAUUGGUGCCCAGCAUCCCGUGCCCUGCCUUAUUCUCAGAGCCUUUCCUUCUCUUCCGUUGCCCUGCCCUACAGUGUCCUGCCCUGCCUUUCCUUUGGUCAUGGGGAUAUGUGUGUGUGUGUGUGUGUGUGUGUGUGUGUGUGUGUGUGUGUGUCUAUGUGGUGGGUGAGGACGCCCGUGUGAUGGUAAGAGAUGGCGUGGAAAGAAUGUGAGGUGAGGGAAUGUGAGGCAAGGAAAAACACUGUGCGUGGAGUCAGAGGCUGCGGAGGAAGCCUGUGGGGGGCGUGGGAAUGUAUGCAGGGUUCUGCAUGAGAGGGGCAAAGGCACCGAGAGGUGGGAGGGCAUGGCUCCUGAGGAUCUUGCUUUCAGCAAACCCAGCCCCUUCUUUCCUCUUCUUCAUCCUUUCCAGGUAUCUCUCUGAGAGCCAC